AUGAUUCUUCAGGAUAUUAAGGGUGAUAGGAUUCAUGCUUCAAUUCCUAACCCGAUUUUGAAAAAGUGGUUGGGUAACAUCCGAGAGUUCUGCAUGUAUGUGAUGAGUAACUUCAUAGUUGUUGAUAACAAGAUCAAGUCUAGGACUAUUCCUGAGUUACUAAAUGCUGAAAAGCUUGACAAUACCGAACUGUUUGACAUGAUUGCAGAGGUUGUUGGGAAAGAGGAUCCACGAGAGUUGGUUACCAGCAAAGGAAAAGAAACUAGGCGAUUGGCAGUUGUUUUGGAAGAUUUAGAGGGCAACAAGAUUGGUUGUACUCUAUUCAGAGAAACGGUUGAUCACCUCCUUCCACACCUAGAAGAUGUAAGGGAAGAACCCCUUAUUGUUGUAUUGCAAUACUUCGAGGCAUCAAGGUGGAAUGGAAAGACAUCUGUCCAAAGCAACUUUUCCAUAUCUAAGGUCCAUGUCGACUUAGAGUUAGAAGAGGUACUUGGUUUUAAAAACAGACUGCUUAAUAUUGCACCUGCAACUACAUCUAGGAUUAGUCAAGUUACAACCCAAGGGGCAUGGUCCGCGACUGAUGAGCUGAACAAUGGUGUCAUUGUCGUGAAGACUGUUGAACAGACUCUAAAUUCAAAAGAGGAAGGGACGUGCUGGAUUGUUGGCACCAUUGUUGCUAUAAAUGUAGGUAAAAAUGAUUGGUUUUAUAAGUCAUAUAGAAAAUGUUCGAAGAAAGUUGAGACUCCUAUUGGAGAUAGGUUCAAGGUCGAAGUGAUGGUGUAUGAUGGUACCAGGAGCAUCAGCCUACUGCUUUGGGACAGGGAAACAACACAACUCUGUGGAAAGAAAGCAGACCAAGUUAGGGAAGAAGAGGAUACCGGUGAGGGAGAAUACCCCUCCUCCCUAGACAAUAUGAUGGAUAAAAAAGAUUUAUUUAAAAUUAAUAUUAAAUCUGGAAAUAUCAAGCAUUUUGACCAAGUUUAUCCUGUCAUUAAAAUAUGUGAUGAUGAGCAUCUGAUAGAUAAAUACUUGCAAAAAGAAGAGCAUUCCAAUGUAUCGGCAAACCCGUCUGAGAUGGGUUGUAGCAACUCGAUUGAUAUUUCAGAAAACAUUAUUAAUAUCAAGACCAAUAGUGAUAAUCAGUUUAAUAUGGAUCCUAUGGAAGCUUUUGUAUCAAGUCUCAAAAGCAAAACCCCAGUUAAAGGAACUUCCAAUGAUAUGAAAUGUGGCUUCUCAAGCACCAACAUAAAUGAUGAGGAAGGACAAUUCUCAACCAACAAAUUCACCAGAAAGACUAAUAAGAGACAGAAAAUCUAA